ACUCGAUAAUGUUGGUUUUCUUGAGAGGGUAGACAAAGAAGCAAUUGAUAGACUAUUGAAAUCAAUGCUUGCAUUGUAUGCAAUGACUAAUAUUCCGGAAAACCAGCAACCACAUUUCAUAGAUCAUCAACCAAAGAGACUCAGUGAGCAGCUUUCCAAUGAACUAUUCUCCCUUAGUGGGUCUGUAACAGGCAUGGGAUACCGAUCUGGCAAAUUGUUGAUCUUUUUAUCAGAAGACUUGAACGACGACAAGAAAGUUGAAAAUAAAAUUGAAACGCUUUUGAGACAAGAAGAUGUGGUAUACGAAAUUGUACAAGUUCCAAAAGAAAUACAUAAUCUAAUGCAUGUCGGAGAUAAGCUAGAGCCUGUACCGGGAUACGGAACACUUGGAUGCUUUUGCAAAAAUGGGCCGUGUAAUUUGUAUUCUACUUUCAAAACAUGUUGCGAAAUGUGGCAGGGAGCUGUAUUUUGAAGACAAAAGAAAAGUUUGCAAAGUUCUCCAAGCAACUCUUAAAGAAGAAGCAGGCGAUCUCGAUAUAGCAGCAGCUGAACUUUUCCAUAAAGAGCAUGUUUGCAGCUCUGCAUUUAGGGAUUCAACAGGAAAACUGAUGGAAGGCAAAUUGCAUGAAUAUGAAGGCGAAGACAAGUUAAUUAAAGAAGGUCGAAAAGUUCAUAUUUGGGGAGCAUCAUCAAGACCAGGUAGAGGUCUAAUUGAAAUAGCAGAAUUUAAAACCGGAAACAAGAACUGCCAACAGAUACUUAUACAGAUUAAAGAUGAAGAUGGUAAAUUUGCAGAGCCUGGCGACAGUGGAGCAAUCGUUUGUGUAGACGAUCCAGAUGGCACUUUUGUCCACGCGAUUGGAAUGGUAAUUGGUGACGGCAUUGGGCAAAACGGUCGCAUAUAUUACACACUUACACUGUCUAAUGUUCUCAAGCAGCUAGAAAGGAAGACUGGACAAAAGUUUGAACUGUAUUGAAACCACUCAUGUAUAUUUCUGUUUGUGAAAUGAAGUUCUAUCAAACUCUAUUAAAGAUUCGUUGGAAGCACAAAUCGCAUAAGUAAAGUAACGCAGACUAGACUGAGUAAUGGAAUAUGCAUCAUCCUCAUGUCCACAAAGCAUCGGCUUAAGAAGAGUUAUAUUAUACUGAUAUUGUGAAUAGACUCCGUGGUUCGAAAAACAGGAAAUAAAUUACUUGUAUUUUCUGAAAGCAGCUUUUGGUGUAAUCUUAUUUGUGUGUUAAUUUUGACAAUAAAAACUUAUGUUUUGAUCGA